CUGUUCACAUUCUCUCUCUCUCUCUCUCUGUCUGUCCACCUGUCUGUCUGCCUUUACAUUCUUCGAAAGUCCCUCUUUUUGACCACCCUCUCUUUCUUCCCUUCUUCCUCCUAUCUGCUCCAACCUUUCCUAUCUGUAAUCCCCUCAUUCACUCUUUAUAUCUCUCUGUGCUAAUAAAUGAUUGCCAGUAUAUAUUCAAGUCCUUGGCCAUGGUUUUGAUCGGUCAAAACCUCUAAAAACCUCUGUUUCUCUUUCUCUAUAUCUGUUUUCCAAUCAUGGGUGCUUGCAUUUCUACCAACAGAGUCUGGGGCUCUAACAGCACCAACAACAACAACAACAACAACACGGUCAAUCACAACCGUAAAGAGACCACCAAACCACAAACGAAAAUAAUCGCAGCGAAGAAACAAGAGGCUUCCACCGAUCAGCAGCAGAGCAAGGCGAACGAUAAGAAGUCGCAUCAGCUGAGGCCCAAGGACAAGCCCGCUACGCGGCGGCAGUGCGGGGCGAUCCCCUGUGGGAAGCGCACGGACUUCGGGUACGCCAAGGAUUUUACCAGUCGCUACACGAUUGGGAAGCUGUUGGGGCACGGCCAGUUCGGGUACACCUACGUUGCCACCGAAAAGGCGAGUGGGGAUCGAGUCGCGGUGAAGAGGAUCGAGAAGAAUAAGAUGGUUCUUCCUAUUGCCGUUGAGGAUGUGAAGCGAGAGGUCAAGAUUUUGGAAGCCCUUACAGGCCAUGAGAAUGUGGUUCAGUUUUACAAUGCGUUUGAGGAUGAUUCUUAUGUGUAUAUAGUAAUGGAGUUAUGUGAGGGCGGUGAAUUGCUGGACCGGAUAUUGGCCAAGAAGGACAGCCGUUAUACUGAGAAGGAUGCAGCAGUAGUUGUACGGCAGAUGCUCAAAGUUGCAGCUAAGUGUCAUUUACAUGGGUUGGUACACCGAGACAUGAAACCAGAGAAUUUUCUUUUUAAGUCGUCUAGAGAGGAUUCACCUCUGAAGGCCACAGAUUUUGGGUUGUCAGAUUUCAUUAAUCCAGGAAAGAAGUUUCAUGAUAUUGUUGGCAGUGCUUACUAUGUUGCUCCUGAAGUAUUGAGACGCAAGUCAGGACCUGAAUCAGAUGUCUGGAGUAUUGGUGUGAUUACCUACAUUUUGCUCUGUGGGAGGCGCCCUUUCUGGGAUAAGACUGAAGAUGGUAUAUUUAAGGAGGUCUUAAAAAACAAGCCUGAUUUUCGCCGCAAACCGUGGCAAACCAUAAGCAACAGUGGUAAAGAUUUUGUGAAGAAGUUACUUGUGAAGGAUCCUCGGGCAAGACUAACUGCUGCUCAGGCCCUGUCACAUCCCUGGGUAAGAGAAGGGGGAAAUGCAUCAGAGAUCCCUAUCGAUAUAUCUGUUCUGAGUAACAUGCGACAAUUUGUGAGAUACGGUCGUUUGAAACAGUUCGCUCUGAGGGCAUUGGCUAGCACUCUUGACGAAGCAGAGCUUUCUGAUCUUAAAGAUCAAUUUGAUGCUAUUGACGUGGAUAAAAAUGGUUCUAUUAGUCUAGAAGAAAUGAGACAGGCCCUUGCUAAAGAUCUCCCUUGGCAAUUGAAAGAAUCAGGUGUCUCAGAGAUUCUGGAAGCGAUUGAUAGCAACACAGAUGGCCUUGUUGAUUUCACUGAGUUUGUAGCAGCCACUCUACAUGUGCAUCAAAUGGAGGAGCAUGACUCUGAGAAGUGGCAGAAGCGGUCACAAGCUGCUUUUGAGAAAUUUGACAUAGAUAAAGAUGGGUUUAUUACUCCAGAUGAACUGAGACUGCACACGGGCUUGAGAGGCUCCGUUAUUGAUCCACUUCUUGACGAGGCUGACAUUGACAAAGAUGGGAAAAUAAGUCUAUCCGAAUUCCGUAGACUUUUAAGAACUGCAAGCAUUAGUUCACGGAAUGUGACUAGCCCGCCUUGUCGUCGGAGUUCGCGGAAGAUAUAGAGAAGUGAGAGAGAGGCCAAGAGAGGUGGAGUUUCUUUCCUCAGGUUUCAUUUACUUAAGUUUAUACUUCAAAUCCAAGAAAUGCCCUUGUCUACUUCCAAAUCACCAUUCUGUGGAUCUCCUUAAACUCGAGUUUUAAUGGUAGGAUUGUGGAUAGGAUUGUGAAUACGUUAAACCCAGAGGUUUUUGAUAUAGAUUUGGUUUGGAUCAGCAUGAAGGAUGGUUCCAGGUAUGAUGGUCAUACUAGUUUACAUCCUUUCGGAGUAUUCGUGAUAUCCUGGUCAUGCCCUACAAAUUGUAAUGUGUGACUAUGUGAAUGGAAAAUACUGGAUUAGAAUUCA